AUGGACGACGAGCUGCUCUCCCCGUGCUCCUCCUUCUUCCAGGUCUCUCCGCCGUCCGGCCAGUUCGAGCAUCAACACCACCAGUUUAUCGAGUUCGCCUCCUGCGAGGUCCCGGAGCAAUGGCUUCUCGGAGACGUCGUCGUGCCGGCCAAGAGCGAGGACGCGGGGGACCUGUGGCCCGCGGGGUCCCUGUUCUCGCCGGACUCCGAUCUCUCCGAGCUGCCGGCGCCGAGCCUCCCUGCGUCCACGGAGUCGACGCCACGUCCGGCGGCGAAGCGGCGGGGGAGGAAGCCGGGGCCCCGCCCCGAGGGCCCCACCGUCAGCCACGUGGAGGCGGAGCAGCAGCGCCGCGACAAGCUGAACCGCCGCUUCUGCGACCUCCGCGCCGCCGUGCCCACCGUAUCACGCAUGGACAAGGCCUCCCUGCUCGCCGACGCCGCCGCAUACAUCGCCGAGCUGCGCGCCCGCGUGGCCCGGCUCGAGGACGAGAGCAAGCAGGCGGCCGCCGCGAGGUGGGACACUAACUCGGCCUCCCUUGGCGGUGGCGGCGCCUCCUUCCAGAACUUUCUAGCCGGUGACGAGACGGUGGAGGUGCGGAUGGUGGGGCGAGACGCCGCCGCAGUGCGCGUGACAACGGCCGCGGGGUCCGCCCCUCACGCGCCGGCGCGGCUGAUGAGCGCGCUCCGGUCGCUGGAGCUGCAGGUGCAGCACGCGUGCGUGAGCCGCGUGCAGGGCGCGACAGUGCAGGACGUCGUGGUGGACGUGCCCGCCGCGCUGCAGCCCGAUGACGGCGCCGCCCUCCGCUCCGCGCUGCGCCAGCGGCUACGGCUACGCGACAGCGCCUAG